AUGACUGCUGUCCACCAAACGAGCACCGGCAGCAGCAAAUUAGCCGAUUCACCGGUGACCUUUGACAUACCUCUGGAACUAACCAAUUUUCCCCCAUGCGGCUUUGUUGCUGCAGAUGCCCAAAAAGGCAGCAACAAAGACGAAUCGUCACUUCACCGGGUUUCGUCCCACGGUAUCCAUAGUGAUCGUGGCGACCAUGAGCAGCCUUCUGCAGGGCAAGAACAGCCUACACCGACAGACGACGCAACAAACAUUGUAGAUAGCUUCCCCGAUGGCGGGACGCGGUCGUGGCUCGUCGUGCUAGGCUCGUUCUCUCUUCUGAUGGCCUCGUACGGCAUGAUGAAUUCCGUCGGCGUCUUUCAGUCUUACCUGGAGACCAAUCAACUCUCGGCGUACAGCAGCACCGAUGUUGGCUGGAUCCCGAGUGUCUUCGUGUUUGUUACACUGCUUCUGGGCGUGCUGGUUGGCCCAUUGUUUGACUCCCACGGCCCCAAGAUGCUGGUCUACGCCGGGUCAGCGGUGUUCAUGCUGAGUCUUUUCCUGUUCGCGGAAUGUACGUCUUAUUGGCAGUUCCUGCUGUGCUUCAGUGUGCUUGGCGGUAUUGGUGCAGCCAUUCUUAGCACGGUGGCGAUGGCCUGUGUUCCGCACUGGUUUCAGGUGCGUGCCGGAAUGGCUAUUGGAACGGCAUUGGCUGGCUCGGGGCUCGGUGGUGCUGUGUUUCCUUUGGUCUUGCGAGCGGGCUUUUCCAAUAUUGGGUUCAAGUGGACGAUGAGGGUGCUUGCGUUUGUAGUUGGGGUUUUGUGUUUCCUGGGCUCGUUCAUGGUUCGCUCCAGACUGCCGAGGACGAAGGCGUCCAAGGCGAUUGUUGAUUUCAAAUGCUUCAAGGAUCUCAAGUUUACCUGGAUGACCUUUAGUACUUUUUGUCUGGAACUGCAAUACUUUUCCUUCCUCGGAAUGUUUCCGACAUUCGUCACCACAGAAGGCUUCUCGACUAACAUGAGCAUCUAUCUCAUUGUCAUUAUGAACGUAUGCGGCGUCCUCGGCCGACUCAUGGCCGGCCGUCUCUCCGACCGAUAUGGACGUCUCAACACACUCGCCUCCGUCGUCCUACUAACCAUCAUCUGGCUCUUCGCUCUCCUCUACCCAUUCAGCAAAUCCGCACCCGUCCUGUACAUCUUCAGCUGUCUGUACGGUAUAUCAUGCAGUUCCUUCAUCAGUCUUGCGCCGGUAUGCAUCCGACAGUUUUCGGAUACCAAGGAGAUUGGAUUGAGGUUUGGAACUUGUUAUUCCGUUCCUGUUAAUCAGUAUACCCGUCACGGGAGACUUGAUGGCAAAAGCCGGCCCGGGAGCGAUGGUGCUUUGGUCUGGGGCGCUGUUGGUGUGGACGACGGGGCUACUGGCCUUGACGAGGUGGACAUGUUUGGGAUAUCAAUGGAAGUGGAAAGUCCGGAAAUAAUCCACCCUCCGUUUCUCGUGCCCAAGCCACCCAUCAUGAAGGGACGAGAGAGGGCUAUAUCCAGGAAAUGUUUGCGCACUAUCAAAGUCUAUCCAGAGCACUCUCUCUUGUUUCCCUGGCUCCACAGAAACCAUCAUAUUCCGGGGAUAAGGGUCAUGAUGGACAACCCUCGCCUGAUGAAUUUCAUCCAGAAUCUAGCGCAGUUUGAUAACCCGGUGCUCUGA